AUGAGGGACACCACACCAGCUCUGCAUUCUCUUAAGGAUUUCUGUUGGGGGUGGGGAGAUUUUUUUUUAUUGAGGUUGACAAUAAAAUUAAAUUGGUUUUGAAAAGAGAUAGAAACAAUUAAAUAAUAAAGAGCAGCUGCUAAAAUAACAGAAGGAUGAACGGGACAGAAGGUGUCAAUUUCUAUGUGCCGCUCUCCAAUAAAACAGGGCUGGUGCGGAGCCCCUUUGAGUACCCACAGUAUUACCUAGCCGAACCCUGGAAGUACCGAAUCGUGUGCUGCUAUAUCUUCUUUCUCAUCUUCACCGGGCUCCCCAUCAAUCUCCUCACCCUCCUAGUCACUUUUAAGCACAAGAAGCUGCGGCAGCCACUCAACUACAUCCUGGUCAACCUGGCGGUGGCGGAUCUCUUCAUGGCUUGCUUUGGCUUCACCGUCACCUUCUACACGGCCUGGAACGGCUACUUUAUCUUCGGGCCCAUAGGCUGUGCCGUGGAGGGCUUCUUUGCCACGCUGGGAGGUCAGGUUGCCCUGUGGUCGCUGGUCGUCCUGGCCAUAGAGCGUUAUAUCGUGGUGUGUAAACCCAUGGGCAACUUCCGCUUCUCUGCCACCCACGCCUUGAUGGGCAUCAGCUUUACCUGGGCAAUGGCCUUUUCCUGCGCUGCUCCACCCCUGUUUGGCUGGUCCAGAUACAUUCCUGAGGGCAUGCAGUGCUCUUGUGGCCCAGAUUACUACACCCUCAACCCUGACUACCACAACGAAUCCUACGUCGUCUACAUGUUCAUGGUCCACUUCAUCAUCCCGGUGGUGGUCAUCUUCUUCUCCUACGGGCGGCUCAUAUGCAAAGUCCGAGAGGCAGCCGCCCAGCAGCAGGAGUCGGCCAGCACCCAGAAGGCAGAGAGGGAGGUGACCCGCAUGGUGAUCCUCAUGGUUCUAGGCUUUCUCAUGGCCUGGACGCCCUAUGCCUUGGUGGCGUUCUGGAUCUUCACCAACAAGGGGGCGGACUUCUCCGCUACUCUCAUGUCAGUGCCUGCCUUCUUCUCCAAGAGCUCCUCUCUCUACAACCCCGUCAUCUAUGUCCUCAUGAACAAACAGUUCCGGAACUGCAUGAUCACCACAAUCUGCUGCGGCAAGAACCCCUUUGGGGAUGAUGACGUUUCCUCGACCGUAUCCCAGAGCAAGACUGAGGUAUCUUCUGUCUCCUCCAGUCAAGUGUCACCAGCAUAGAUCAUGGACAGUUUGAACUUGGGGACCUGCCACGCUCUGGGAUCAAGAAGUAGAAACUGACGCACCCAUGUAUCCUCUGGUCCACAAACUUGUCUCAUGCAAUUACUCCCUUGUACUCCACCAUCACAUAUCACAUCUGUUCAGGCGUGCACAGGAGAGCCCUCCCCUGUGAAAAUAGUGGUGUCAAUACUGAAUGUGGCCCCUCCCUGCAAAUAGCUGUGCACAUACGGAACCCACUUAUGCAAAGUCUCACUUGUGCAUAUGCAAACCACUUGUGCAAGCAGCCACCUGUGCAAAUAUCAACUAAUGAAUUUUGAGCCUUCUCACGCAAACCCUUGCAUGUCCUGCUGCACACACUCAUGCAAAGCCAGUACCAACUUGUGCAGACCUUUGCGCUGACUUGUUCAUGACCUCCUGCCCCCUUGUGCACAUAGAUUUAAGGAAAUAAAGCGAGAUUUAGGUUGGCAGGGGAUGAAGAGUUUUGGUGAGAGAGUGGCCCCAGAAGCUAACCCCUUGAGCUGUGCUGCCCAUGGGUCACACUCUGUGAUGCAGCUUGUGUCACAUGGAGUGAAAUAGCCCUAGUGGUAACAUACAAUAACGGAGGGGAAGUUGUCCAGCACCCUGGUGCUUGAUGGGUGUUUUUAGAACUAUAACACACCGGCAGCAUCAUUUCUUAGCUCUGCUUCAGUCCUCAAUGGCUGCUGCUGUGGCUCCAUUUCUAAAACAACACCCCUUUGGGUUGUGCAUCACUAUACCCAUUGCAGAGAUGGCAAGAUGGAGAGGUGAAGUGAUGUGACC